UGCGCUCGUUUUCUAUGAGCCCCCAUUUUCUCCCUGGCAUACUGGAUGGCAGCAGAGGUCUUCGAAGAGACUUUCGCAGGGCGUGUCCUAUCCCGCAGUCUAGACGCCAUAGGGUCUCUCAUAUCAAUAACGUACAGCCAGCGUUAACGUUUAGAAAUUAGCGAGUGGGUCGAUUGUAUGGUUGCUUUCCUCAUUUAACCGGCGAAGUUUUGAUUUACUUACGCUCCUCUACGGACAAUGCCUUCCAUUAAAAGCUUGACGAUGACUUACGACGCGCUGAAUGAGUACGGAACGUUUUCGGAGGGGGACACGAUAACUGGAAAAUUAACACUGGACUUAUUAAAGGAGAUCACAGUUCAAAGCCUGUUUGUUAAAGUUAAGGGAGACGCGGAAGUGCGAUGGACGAAGAAGCACGGCGAUCGCACCCAGACAUACACUGCACACAGGAGAUAUUUCAAGCUGAAGCAGUUUUUAAUCUCAGAGGACUCCAAGGACACUGUUGUUCCCAAGGGGAUCUAUGUCUAUAAGUUUAGCUUUAACAUACCACAAGGAAGCAUGCCUUCAUCCUUCAGGGGGAGUCAUGGGAGGAUUGUUUACAAGCUGGAAGCUGCGCUGUCCAGGAGUUGGAGGAUUGACCGUACAGUAGAAAAGGAGAUCAACUUCGUCUCCAAGUCCUAUCCAAACUUUCAUUCUCUGAUGUUACAACAAGUUGGUUCAACGAACAAAGAGAUGGGGCUUUUCUCAAAAGGACAUGCACACAUGGAUGUCACGGUUGACAGGGGGGCUUAUGCCCCAGGUGAAACAGUGGUGAUUGUUGCAAAAAUCAACAAUUCCUCAUCCAGUGAAAUGACACCCAAAUUCAGUUUAAUUCAGGAUGUGGUGUACCGUGCCAACUGCAGUACCAAACAUGAAGGCGUAGUUAUCCACAAAGUGGUUGACAGCUGUAUUAAACCCCAAACACAGAAGGAGGUCAGGUGUGCAGUCAAGAUUCCUCGUGGUCAGAUGCAGACAAUCCAGAAUUGUGAGAUUAUCUCCGUGGAAUACCAUCUAAAGGCAUAUCUGGACAUCAGCUUUGCUUUCGAUCCAGAGGUCAAGUUCCCGAUUGUCAUUUUGCCUCCUGAUUUAGUUCCUGGUCCUCAGCCUGGCGUGGCUGUGCCUCCCUAUCCAGCUGGGGCUACUGGGGGCUCAAGUAACAGCGACUUCCCUCCCCCAGCAGUGUCUAUGGGUACUUAUCCUGCAUCCCCACAUUCAGGCAGUUAUGAAUACCGAGGUGCUCAAAGGUAUUCAGCACCACAACCUGCAUACCCAAAUAACCCAUCAAUGUAUGCCAGUCGACCAAAUGCGUACCCUGCUCAGCCAGCACACAUGAGUGGGGGCUACAGUAACCCAGUGCCGCAGCUGGCUUCUCCGUAUGGAUCUCCAUUUUCAUCUUCAUCAUCGACUUCUGUGCUUCACCCUCCACCUACUGUCCCAACAUCUCACCCCCCCCCAUCUGCGCCAGAGAUCCAUCCAGCCCCUUCUUCACCGUAUAACGUAUCCGAUCCUGCUCCCGCAUACAACCUGCUGCCUUCUGCACCAAUGAUGAACACAGACUUCCUAUCUCAAUCAGAUGAACCUCCUCCAGCAUAUUCCCUCCUUUUCCCAUCCUCUGAAAAAUCAGAUGCACAACAAUAGAAUGAAUCCCUAAUGACUGAAUCCGUAAAAUACUAAUAGUUAACGGUGCAAAAUCAGAUCCCCUAAAUCGGGCUUACUUAUUAGUGUCAAGAUUUAUCCGUGUUGUUAAAUUUGAAGUGUGAAUUUAAUAUGAAAAAGGCAUUGUGUACAUUAUUUACUGUUUGCUUGUUGACAAUUAUAUAGAGAAAUAGGACUUUUGCACUGUAUGUGAUAGUUGUGUUCUGGUCAGUUGUCAGGGACCUAAUUGGCUUUGUCCACCUACUAACAUAAUUACUCAAAGCUUAGUCAUCAGCACUGUGUAUUUUCCCUGUGCAGUUUACGUGCCUUGUGUCCUAAACUGAUCAUUUUUUUCAGCCUUAUAGUUAAUACCUACUCUUUCUACCUCCCUGUUCUGUGUGGAGGCCAGUUGAAAGAAAACACUCACUGUGUUAAGAAAAAACAACUUUUUAUACUUUUUCUUAAAGCAGUCAACUAAGAGGCCAAAUAUAUAUUUUCCAUUUAUUUUACAGUCUGUUGACGUAACACAGCACUUUGCAAACCUGAUUUGUUGUUAUACUAACAAAUUACCAGUGUUUUCUCUGUCUUGUAGAGUUGAAUAAACAACUGUCAGGUAAAGUU